AUGAGUUUAGAAAAUCAAAAUAAAAAGGACGAUGGCCAAAAUGAAGAACCUGAAAAUAAUCAAAAUUUUAAGAGAAAAAAUGAGGAAUUCUUAUUUAGAGGAUUAAAACGAUUUAAGCAAAAUUUACAGGGAGCAGAAGAGGAAGCUAAUGAUGAAUUGCAACAUGGUAGUGAAAACGGAAACAAUGACCACAACUCUCUAGAUUUACCUAACUCACCAACUGAUCAAGAAAUUCAACAAGAAGAUCUGAUAAUAAGCAAAUUUAAAACUAAUAAAAGAAGCAAAAAAAUUAUAGAUGAAAAUGAUGAUGAAGAAAUAUUAAAUGAUAAAACUGGAUCCAAAGAUAUAAAUUCUGAAAAUAAAAAGUUGGAAACAAAUAAAAAUGAUAACCAUAUUAAUGAGCAUCAAAAUCAACAAAAAACAAAUAAACUGAGCAAAUCUAAUAAAAGGAAAAUAGAAGAAGAUGAAAAAGAUGAAGAUGAUGAAGAUGAAAAAGAAGAUGAAGAAGAUGAAGAAGAAGAUGACGAAGAAGAUGAAGAAGAAGAUGACGAAGAAGAUGAAGAAGAUGACGAAGCAGAUGAAGAAGAUGAAAUGAAAGGAUUCAUUGUUGAUAGUGAUGAAGAAGAAGAAGAAGAAGAAGAAGGAAAAAAAAAGAGACGAAAAAAAAAAAAAAAAAAAAAAUAUGAUUAUUUUGAAAAUAAAAGUUUGGAUGAAGAAGACCUAGAAUUGAUCGCAGAAAAUACGGGAAUUAAAGUUCCAAGAAAUGAAAAAGAUACAAAACAUAGAAGAUUAAAAAAAAUAAAAGAUGUUGGAUCAAAUGAUGAUUAUGAUGAUAAUGAUAGUAGUAAUUAUAAUGACCGGGAUGAUAAAACAUUACAUGAUGAUUCAUUUUAUAAAAAAAAUAAAAAUAACAUAAAUGAAAAUAAAAUAGAUCAAUUAAAGCAUAAGAGUUAUUUUAUUGAUGAUAGUGAAAAUAAUUUAAAAAAACAAAAAAAUGAUUUUAAAAAUAAUUUAUUCAAUUAUGAUGAUAAUAUCCUUGAUAAUGAAGAAAAUCAAGAAUCAGAUAAUGUAGAUGAAGAAAUAAUAGAUGGAUAUCAAAAUAAUUCUGAACAUAUUGGAAAAGCAGAUUCUUAUAUCCAUGAAAUGAUUAGACAAACAUUUGGAGAUGUAAAUACAGUUCUUGAUAUAAUUAACGUUUCUCCAAUUAAAAAAAAAAAAAAAUAUGAAUAUGAAGAAGAGGAAGAAGAAGAAGAAGAAGAAGAUGAGGAAGGAAGUGAUUUAUUCUCAAAAAAUCAAGCAUUUGAUGAAGAUAUUGAUAUAAAAUUUAAGAAAAAAAAAAAAAAAAAAAAAAAUAGUUUUCUUGAUGAUAUAAAUGAAAAUUUAAAGAAGGUUGGAAUGGAUGAUGAUUCUGAUUAUGAUGUAAAAGAUGAAAUUGAAAAUCAAGAACUUGAGGAUGGAAUUUUAGAAAAAAUUAGUGAUGAUCAAACUGAUGAAAUGCAAAGUCAAAGUACCAUUAGCGAAACAACAAGCAUUGAAGAUAAUUAUAUUAAUGAUUUAAGUAGCGAAGAAAAUGAAAGUGAUAAAUUUUAUGAAAAAGAAUACGAUAAUAUUUGUGGAGAAGAAAAUGAUGAAUACAAUUAUUAUGACAAAAAAAUUGAAGAUGAAGACAGUACAAGCAUUCAUGAAAAAAAAGAAAAAGAAAAAAAUAAAAAGAAAAAAUCAUCUAUAUUAAAUGAAAGUAGUACUAUUGUAAAUACAAAAGAAAAUAUCGAUUUAUUUGAUGAAGAUAUUGCUCAAGAAAAAAAUGAUAAAAAAAAGAAAGAAAAAAAAAGUGAUAAAAAAAAAAAAGGAAAAAGAAAAAAUCUUGAUCUCGUAUCAUAUAAAUGGAAAAAAAUUGUAGAACCAGAUGAAGCACUUAAAGAAUUAUUAACAAAAAAAGAUAACUUAAUUAGAUAUUCAGAUAUUCCAGAAAGAUAUUAUUUUAAUUAUGAAAAUCGAAAAAAAAAAUUAACAAAAAAAUUAUUAUUAAUUGAAUCUAAAUGGAUUAUAAGUAAAUUAAAAGAAAAAUAUCCAUACUAUUUUACUUUAAAAAAUUUUGAAAAAAUAAUAGAAGAAACAUAUGAUAAUGUUUAUGAACAUAUAAACCCUAUCGAUUUUUUAUGUGAUAAUUUUUUAAUAAAAAAAUGUAUAUUAACGUUAAAAUUAUUAAUAGAACAUAAAAAUGAAAUACCUUUUAUAUUUUUUCAUAAAUCCUUUUUGAUAUUUCCACCAUUUAAUUUAAAUAUUCUAUGGGAUAUAUUUGAAUUAGAUAAAAUUUGGUAUAAAAUUUAUGUCAAAAUUCAUAAAUUAAAAAAAAAUUUAAAUUCAUUACCUCAUCAAAAUAAUCGAAUUCAUCCUAAUGUUUUCAUAUUAUUGGAAAAAUAUAAUGAAAUCUAUUAUGAAGAUGUUAACAUAUAUUAUUAUUAUUUAAAAAAUAAUAUUAUAAAUUUUUACAUAAAUACACAAAACCAAACUGAUAAUAAUAAUAACAUCAAUCUUGAACUUGAUGAAAAUAAUAUUUUGUGCAUACAAAAUGAAGAAACUCAAGACAUUGCUAAUAUUUCGGAUGGAAAUCAAGAAUAUUUAAAAGAUGAUCUAUUUGGUGAAGAUUUAAUACAAGAAAAAAAAGAAAAUGAUAAAUUGGAAAACAAAAACGAUAAAACAAAUACAAAACAAAAUGAUUAUGCUGAAAAAAAUAUAUCUGGAUUACAAUUUCUAAAAUUUGUAAAAAAAAAUAAAUUUAAUAUAUGGGAUAAAUAUCUUUUAACAAUAGAUGAGUUUUAUGAAAAUAUUUCAUAUAUUUUUGAUUUAAUAAAAAAUGAAAAAAUAUGUACACUAAAUGUUGAUAAUGAAUAUGACAAUACAUUUUUUUAUGAUAAUCGUGGAAGAAGGCAUGAUAAAAAACGACAUGAUUAUAAAUAUCAAUUAGAAAAAGAUAGUCAAAAUAUUUUACAAAAUUUUAAAUAUGAUUGUUCUAAAAUAAAAAAUAUAGUAACAAAUCUACCUGAAAUAUAUGGAAAUGAUUUAAAUAUUGAAUUUCAGGCUGAUGAAUGGUGUAAAUCAUGUUUUUCAAAAGAUAUAGCUAAUAAAGAUAUUUUUAAAACUCUUAUUUGUUAUUAUUCCAAAUUGUUAGCAUCUCAUCCUUGCAUAAAAUAUAUUUUUAGAUUCUAUUUUCUGAAAUAUGCAUCUAUAACAACAGUAACAACAACAGAAGGGGAAGCACAUAUAGAUACUAGUAAUCCUGAUUAUUUGUCAUUUAGAUUAUUUAGAUUCCCUAUACAUCUAUUACUUAAUCAUAUUGAUGAAAAACAAUUUAUGAACAACUUUCAAUCCAAUACAAAGGAUAUAGGAAGAAAACAUACAACUCGGGAAUCAAAUUGGGAUGUAAAAGACAAAGGAAAUUUAGAAGAAAAAAAUAAAACAAUAAAUUAUAUUUCAAAUGAAAAUAUAGAUAAUAGUAAUAACCUUUUAAAUAAUCAUGAUCCAUGCUAUAUACAUAAUUAUAAUGUUGAUUAUUUUAAUACAAAACUUGAUGAAAGUGAAAUCGGAAUAGAAUCAAAAAAACUAGAAUUAGAAAAAUAUUAUAAUUUACAUAAAUAUAAACAUAUUUAUCUAGAAAUUUUAAAAAAUAAAGAAAAUAAACUUCUAAAUUUAAUUAUUCAUCCAAUUUUACCAAAUGAAAAUGUUCCAUGGAAAAAUGAAGAAUUUAAAGAAAGAGAACAAUUGAAAAAAAAAAAAAAAAAAAAAAUAUAUAUAUUUCAAAAUAGUAAUAAUCCUUCAAAAUAUAAAAGAGAGCUAGAUGUAAAAGCUUAUUUUGAUAUGGAAAGAAAUAAAUUAAUAAAAUCAGAAAAUUUAGAUAACGAAUGGAUUAAUAAUAUAUUAAAACAAUUGUCUUAUGCUUAUUGUUAUAAUGAUAUGGAAAAUAAUAAUGUUUUUGUUUAUAUUCAAAAAAAAAUUUUAAAUAAUUUUUUAUGUAUAGAAUUAUUACCAUUAUUUAAAAAAAAUUUAGAAAAUCUAUUAUUAGCAAGUGCUCAAAAUUGGCUUAUGGCAUAUAUACAUCAAUCUUUUUAUUUGACUUUAAAUGUUCAACCAAUUAAUAUUUUUAAAAAUAAAAAAAAAAAAAAAAAAAAUCAUAAAGAAAUUGCAAAUUAUUCUUCUGAAUAUAGUUUAGAUCGAUAUUCAACGAAUUAUAAAAAAAGUGACAAUUCCUACAAAAGUUAUAGUGAUGAAAAUAUUUCAAAAAAAAAACACAAAAUAAAAAAAAAUAACAAAAAAAAAUAUUACUCAGAUGAUUCAUAUACUACUAGUACUAAUGAUAAGACAAACAAAAAAAAAGGGAAAAUAAAAAAUAAAGAAGAUGAAAAUAAUAAAAAAAAUGCUAAUAAAAAUAUUAUAAAAGAUAAAAAUAUUACCAAAACAGACAAACCUGAUUUGUUUGAUUCAAGUUAUUCUUCUGAUCAUAAUUCAUAUAAAGAUGAUAAAAAUCCACAAAAAAAAAAAAAAGAUAUAAUUCAAAAAAAACAUUACUUAACUUAUGACAAUUAUUCAGACAAAUCUGAAAAAAGCUAUAUAUCUAAUAAAAAUGAUGAAAAAAAAAAAAAAAAAGCAUUUAUAAAUAAUAUAAAAAAAAAUCAUAGCGUAUAUGAAGUAAUGUCAAUAAUAUGCGAGUCAGUUCAUUUUGGAAUCAGAUUGCACAUCGUAGCAUGUGAUAUAUAUGGAGAUAUAAUUGAAUACAUGUAUUUAGAUAAUAUAUAUAUAGAUAUAAUAAAAAAAGAAAAAAGUAUUAUAGAACAAGAGCAAAUAGCAAAUGAUAUUAAUAUUUUUUUAUCUUUUUUGAAAAAAAUGAAACCAGACAUUAUAUGUGUUGGAAUUAGAGAUAUACCAUCUUAUAUGAUAUUUUCUUACAUUCAGAAUAUGCUAAAUAAUGACAGAAGUAAUGAAAAAGACUAUUUUUUUUCUAAAGCUCAACACUCAAAUAGUUCCAUUCCUUAUAAUAAUACUUCAAUUGUAAUUGCUGAAAAUUUGUAUAUACCAUUUAUUGUUACAAAUAAUUUAAAAUACAGUACUGAUUUAACAACUAAAUAUUCUAGAGAAGCUCUUCUUUGUCUCUCCUUAUGCAGAUACGUUCAGAACCCAUUAGAUGCAGUUCUAUCUUUGUUUGAAGGCGAAAAUAAAAAUAUGCUUAACAUCUGUCUUCACGAUUUGCAAAAAUACAUAUGUGGAUAUAAAUUAGAGCACGUUUUUUAUAGAAUCAUUUUAGAUAUUGUAAAUAAAACAGGAUGUGAUAUAAAUUUUGUGAAAAAAAAAAAACAUUAUUUUGGAAAUGCUUUAAGUUAUAUAUCAGGUUUAGGAUUGCGAAAAAAAGAAGAGUUAAUGAAAUUAUUACACAAUAGAAAUUUAAAUACUAGAGAAGACUUAUUAACACUAUCCUCAAAUAAAAAUCUAAUUGGAAAUUGUGUUUAUAUGAAUUGUGCAUCUUUUAUUCGAAUAAUCGGAACCGGUAGUGAAUAUAUAGAAGCGUUAGAUAAUACUCGUAUACAUCCAAUAAACUAUCAUGAUGUUAUUCUUGAUUUAUUUGUGAAUAGUGUUGAUAAUAAAAAAAAUAAUUUUUUAAAGAAUACUAAUAUAUAUGAUAUUGUCAAUUAUAUUAUAGACAAAAAAAAAAUUAUAAAUAAUAUCGAAAUUAAAGAAUAUUCAAAGAAAUAUUAUUUGGAAAAAAAAAAUAAAAUAAAUAAUAAUACUAAUAUAUUUAUUUAUCCUUAUUUAAAAUUUGUAAAAAAUGAAUUAUUACAUCCAUAUAAAGACUAUAGAUGCCAAUACGAAAAAAAAAAAGAAGAAGAAUUAUUCUAUCUUAUAAUUAAUGAAAAAAAAGAAAAUUUAACAGUUGGCUCUGAAGUUGUGUGCAAAAUGAAUUUUAUAAAUAAACAAAAUGGAAUAAUUAAAAUUACAAUACUACCAUAUAAUAUAAAAGGAUAUAUUAGUGAUUCAAGAGAUUUUUUAAAGCAAUUAAAAAAUUAUUAUAUAAAUAAAAUGAAUUAUAUAAAUGCAAAUGCAGAAGGUUUAAAUGAUAAAAAUUAUAAUAAUAAAUAUAAUCGUGUUAAAUUAAAAGAUGAUGAAUUUAUUAAUCAAUCAAUUAUUGGAGAAAUAAUAAAAGGAAGAAUAGCUUCUGUCAAAUAUAAUUUAGAUAACACAUUUGAAACAAAUUUCCAAAUUGUAGUAACAGAUGAAAAUAAAAAAAAAAUAAAAAAACAACAAUUCCUAGGAAAUUUAGUAGAUAUAAUACAUUCUGAUAUGUUAUCACCUUUAAUCGAAUUUGAUCUCGAUUAUAAUAAUAAUAAUAACUUUAUUAGCGAUCAUUUUAAAAAAUUAAAUGAUAAUGAAGAUGUAGAGGGUUUUGAUGAAGAAGAAGAUGAUGAAGAAGUAAAUGGUGGAUAUAAAAUGCGAAUUAAAAAUAAAAAUAAAUAUUAUCAAAAUAAAAAAUAUUCAACAAAUCCAAUUUUUAAAAUAUGGACAUAUCAUGAAGUUCAUACAUAUUUAAAACAAUCAAAUAUUUCUAUUGGAGAAUCAAUUAUAUAUCCUUCAAAUGAAAUAAAUAAAUUAUACAUAAUUAUAAAAACAUGUGAUGAUCCAUUUAUUAUUGCUAAGUUCACUAUAUAUGAAAAAAAUAUACAUCCAAAUAAUAUAAAUAUAAAUAAAGCAUCACAACCAAUACAACAAGUAUUCAUCAUAAACAAUGAACAAUAUAAAUCUAUUGAAAAUAUUGUUUCAGUAUUUUGUAAUAAUUUAAAAAAAAAUCUUUUAGAAUUAUAUAAUCAUCCAAAAUGUAAAAGAAAAAAAAGUAUAGACCAAAUAAGAAAAGAGUUAUCUCAAGAAAGUUUUCAAAAACCAGAUAAUAUUGUUUGGGCUUUGAUACCUCCAAUAUUUUUAACAAAUAAAAAAGAUCAAGAAAAUAAUAAUGAUGAUAAAAAUAUGCACGAUAUUAACCCCUUAAGAUUUACACUAAUGGUUAUCCCUCCACAUCAUCACCCAAAAAAUUAUUCAACAAAUAAUAAACCUCACGACAAACAAUCAGAUCUUAUUUUCCUUCAAGAUUCUAUAUAUGUAAAUCAUAAAUCAUUUAAAUUGUGGACUAAAAUCGAAAGAAGUUUUAAGGAUCUGAUUAUUUGGUGGAAAGAAAAGGGCUAUUGGAAUCGACAAAAUGAACGCCAAGAAUAUAUGAAUGAAAAAAGAAUAAAAAUAGAGGAAUACAAAAAAAUGAGAUCAAUCCAAAACUAA